AAUAAUGUGUUUAUGAUUUAGGUUCUUUAUCAAUCUUUGGCUGACUUGGCCAAUUUUGAUUUGUAUGUGAAUGGGAUUAAAUAACUCCUGUUUUUCGUAGUCUUCUUUUGGAAAGGGGGGUGUCCCUUUUAAAAUUUGAACUUGGGUGUAGGAAAGCAAUGCUCACAUGCUUCAUCAUCCAUCCAGAUGUCACCUUGGACUUUUCUGAAUAGUUCAAUCAUUUCUAUUUAUUGGAAAGCUCAACAGACUGGUGAGUCCACCGGAAGAUAAAGCAAAACAUGUUGGCUCUAUCCUUGUACGUUACCCUUUACUUUAGCUACAUGUCAUACACGUAUGACAAGACAGAACUUAGAGCUGCCACAUGCAUAAUCCCACGCAAGACUCUUGUAAGUUUGCUAACUGCAUUUGUGUUUCGGUUAGGACAUAUAGAGAUAAGUUUACAUUAUUUAUUCUGAGAUAUACACACAGUUCUAGCCUUAGCACAAGCCUGGAGCACUCUUGAGAUUUGCAGGAAAAAUGUUAGCUGUGUUCGAGAAAGCAAUUGGCAACCCACCUGAGGAAUUGAGUCUUCCCUCUACUGGGUUGACAAAUUCUAAAAACCGGCAAGAAAUUGCGGAGAUUUUUCAGUCACUAUGGCCGGAGUCAACCCUGUUCAACCACUCAAAUGGGAAUUUCAUGGCUUUGUCACAUGAAGAUGAAAGUCCAUUGCUUCCUAGGUCUAUCGUUGUCAUGGAUGACAUCUUUUGCAUAUUUAUUGGGACUCUAGAAAACAUGUGUGAACUUAAGCGACACUAUGGUCUUUCAAGACAAGCAACAGAAGCAAUGGUUUUGAUUGAAGCUUAUAAGGUCCUAAGGGAUCGAGCACCGUAUCCACCUGAUCAAGUCGUCAAAGAUCUUGAAGGAAAAUUUGCAUUUGUUCUCUUUGAUGCUAAAUCUCAUACUCUUUUCACAACCAGGGACCGUGAUGGUAGCGUGGAUUUCAAAUGGGGAAUGGCUGGCGACGGGUCCCUGAUAUGUUCUAAUGACACCGACAUUAUUAGAGAAGCUUGUGGAAAAUCUUGGGCUCCUUUUCCUCCAGGAUGCAUUUUUAUGAAUGGAACCGGGCUUAUGAGCUUUGUUCAUCCACUUCAUAAAGUUAGAGCAAUUGUGCGUGAAGAUGACGAUGGACAAAUUUGUGGAGUUACUUUUCAGGUGGACAUGUUCACGCGGCUUCGCAGCAUUCCACGCACUGGUAGUGCUGCAAAUUGGGCAGAUGCCGCUGUCAUCGAGGCAGAAUGAUGUGUCGCCUG